AUGUCAUGCCCUGCAGAGAGCCCUGCACGUGCUCUUGAGGAUGAGGACAGGAUCGACGCCGUUGGCGCAUAUGGGCUAGGGGAACUUGGAUUUGUAUACAACACAACGGCAAUGUCAGACAUCUGCCUGUCACCGUCGCUAAGGAACACGUACGGCUUCUUCGAUCAUCCCAAUUAUUGCACUGUGGUUCAUGAUCUCUUCCCAAUCUUCUCGCAGUCAAAGCUGUCGGCAUACGCGGACUUGGUAUAUCCGUCGCCAUGGUACUGGCUUGACAAGGUCGAAUAUAUUGAGAAGAAGGACAUGUCAUGGGCGAAUAAAGAAGACAGACUAUACUGGCGAGGGUCGACCACGGGUGGCUACAGCCGAAACGGAGGGUGGCGGAGACAACACCGUCAGCGGUUUGUCCAGAAAAUCAACGCUGCUGACCAGGCAAGAGUCCUCGAGAACAACGGCAAUGAAGAAAACCAGGACUGGAAAGUCAAGGACGUCGCUCGCAGCGACUACAAGGAUAUCAUGGACGUCCAUUUCUCCCAUGUUGGUCAAUGUGACCCUGGCGACUGUACUGCCCAAGAGCAAUUCUUCGACAUUGCGCCCGCCGCUGACCAGCAGGAGGCCUGGGGUUAUAAAUUCCUCCUUGACAUAGAUGGCAAUGCAUUUUCAGGCCGCUUCCACGCGUUCCUACGGAGCAAGAGCCUUGUUUUCAAAUGGGCCAUCUUCCGUGAAUGGCAUUUUGAGUGGCUCAAGCCUUGGGUACAUUACAUACCCUUGAGCCUCCAGGGCGAUGAUUGGCUAGAAUCGGUACGCUUCUUCGAGGACAGAACCCUGGGUAAAGAUGAUGCCGAGCGCAUGGCUAUGCAAGGACGAGAUUGGGCGAACAAGGUGCUCAGAAAAGAAGACAUGGAAGUCUGGUUUUUCAGGCUAUUGCUAGAGUAA